UUGAAAAUUGAAACUACAGGCGUACUUUGUGUUUUAAUCGGGAGGGUUUGAUCAAAUAUUCAAUGGCAAUGUAAAACCCUAUAGCUUAAGCUUUAAACCCACAAAUCAAUGGCGCUUUUUCUGUCACCAUCUUCCUUCAACCCUUCGCUUUCUUCUCCGGACAACCAACAUUGUAUUACAAACUCUCUUCCCAAACCUGCGCAACUCACUACUGGUCCUGUCGUCCCUUCCAAUCUUCCAUCUCUCUCGACCAUAUCGUCACCUACAACCCCUAUAACCCCAAUACUAAAACUAGACAAAGAUCGUCAGUCUUCUUCCGACCGUCUGUUCCCUUCACUUUCAUUUUCCAAUAUUCUCUUCUUUAAAUCAGCGUAUAAUGUUCAGGUUAUAGCUGGGGAGAACGAGCCCGAAGAGAAGCUCAUCGGCCGCUUUCGUAGAGAAGUUCUCAGGGCUGGAGUUAUCCAAGAGAGUAAGCGCCGAAGAUUCUUUGAAUCUACUCAGGAAAAGAAGAAAAGGAAAUCUCGUGAAGCUGCUAAACGUAACCGCAAAAGAAGGCCUCAACCGAAAGCUUUCCCAUGGGAUACACAAGAAACUUUGAAAGAUGAGGGGUAUAAGUCCGAUGAAGAUAGAUGGGACCUCAUUGAUGUGGAAGUACCCUAUACUUGACCUUAAUGAGCACAGUGAAAAGGAAGUGGUUUGGGAACAGAGGUAUCGUAUAACAAAUUUGAUUGAAGCGCAAAGAGCUUCUACAUAGCUCUCGCUGAUUUUGCUAUAGAACCUGGCUAUGUCUGCAGUUUGAUAUUUUGUAAGCCAAUAGGAAUAUAUAGUCACUAGUUUCGGCAUUAUGGCUGCCCUGACGCUUUUACAAGUUUAUCCUGGAGAUUAAUGAAAGGUUGUAUAUCUUGAUAUUUG